UAUUCCAUGUGUACGAUUUCUAAGCGCGUGUGUGGCCGGUGUGGCGCGUGCGUUGCGCGUGCAGCCAAAAACGCUAAUCAUAGGCGCGAAUAAACUUCGUUAAUCUCCAGUGUUGAGCAAGAGCAACGUUGGUGUAAACGGGGUCAUGGCUCAAAUAGACGACUUCGCCGAAAGGGUUGCUUCAAUUUGCUACUUGGCAUACGAUGGCCUUCCAAAAACAGGAAAGCCUUCCAGAGAUUGCGAGUGGACGCUCCUGUCUACGUUGUUAUUGCAGGAUGUCAACCAAGAUACAUUACAGAUUGUAUCAUUUGCAACUGGUACGAAAAGCAUACCCACAGAUCAUGCUUGCAGACUUGGCAACCAGGUAAUUGACAACCAUGCUGAAGUGUUAGCCCGGAGGUGCUUUCUCAGGAACACUUGCAUCUACCUUCAAGUGGAGUGUUUCUUGUUUGUCUACUCUGAACUUCUAAAGUUGGCACAUGGUGGAGAUUCGUCUGUUUUUGAAACCACAGACUCUUCUGUAUUUGAAUGUCGACUGAAACCAGGAUUGAAGAUUCACCUCUUCUCAAGUCAUACUCCAUGUGGUGAUGCUUCCAUCUUUCCCAAAACUGGGGAUGUGUCAUCUGCAGCGGAAGUUGAAGAUGUAGAAAAUGAUGCAACGCCUUCAAAGCGACCCAGAUUAGAUCCCGAUAUAUAUAGGACUGGUGCCAAGUGUGUGCCAGGUGUGGCCCAGGACAAGAAACUGCCUGGUGCAGACUACCACCAACUGGGUGUGACUCGGACCAAGCCUGGCAGGGGCGCUAAAUCUCUCUCCAUGUCAUGUAGUGAUAAAAUGGCCAAAUGGCGCUGCUGUGGCCUUGAGGGGGCAUUACUGUCCCAUUUUAUUGCAGGCGAUGAACCACUGCGUUUGUCGUCGGUGAUUGUUGCUGGGUGUCCAUACAGUGAAGAUGCCAUGAGACGUGCACUUGAUGAGAGGCUUUCAGUUUCAGACGACGUUCCAGCCCUUGAGUUUCACUACAGUAUGAAAACAUUCUGCCAUUCCCGCCUUAAAGCUGUUGAAAACAAUGCUGAUUCUGCCAUUCCAUGUGCUUCAAGCAUUAUGUGGUGGCUCGGAUCGGACAAGUCAGUGUAUGUAGGAGUGAAUGGCUACAAGCAAGGAGUUACUCGCAAGAACCUUUGCAAACCAGUGGCUAGGUUACCAGUUUGUAGAAGUGAGCUGUUUGAGCUGUUCCACAAGCUAAUGCAUGAAAUCUCACCAGGAAGACUGCCCAAGACUCUCAGGAAAGAUGACCUGCGAACUUAUGCACAAUUCAAGCAGGCUGCAAAGGUCUAUCAGAAAAGGAAGGUAGGCUUUCAUGCCCACUUGCCUGGAUGGACCAGCAAAUCUCCAGACCUGCAGAACUUCACAAUUGCUGAAAGUGCGUGAUCCUCAGCGUGAGCAGUGA